AUGGCCGGGGAGCGCGCCCUUCUAGCGGCUCGCCAGGGCGAUCUGGAGGCGCUGAAGGCGCUGCUGCCUCCGCCGGCCGACCGCGGGGUCCCUCUGCUGCCCCCCGCCGCCCUCCGGGACCCCCUGGGCGCCUCCCCCGUGCACCACGCCGCCCGCGCCGGGAAACUGCGCUGCUUGCGCUACCUGGUGGAGGAUGCCGCGCUGGGCGCGCAGGGCCGGGCGCGCAACGGGGCCACCCCGGCCCACGACGCCGCCGCCACUGGCCACCUGGCCUGCCUGCAGUGGCUGCUGGGGCCCGGCGGCUGCCGCGUCCAGGACACGGAUCAUUCGGGCGCCACUGUCCUGCACCUGGCCGCCCGCUUCGGCCACCACGACAUCACCGACUGGCUCCUGCGCUUCGGGGGCAGCGACCCUCUGGUGCCCACCGAGACGGGGGCCCUGCCCGUCCACUACGCUGCCACCAACGGAGACCUUCCUUCCCUGCAUCUCAUCCUCGGACACUGUCCCAGUUCGGUCAAUGCCCAAACCAAGAACGGUGCCACCCCCCUGUAUUUAGCCUGCCAAGAGGGCCACCUGGAGAUCAUCCAGUACUUGGUCAAGGAGUGUGGGGCUGACCCUCACCUACGCGCCAACGACGGCAUGACGCCCCUCCAUGCCGCAGCCCAGAUGGGCCACAACACUGUCAUUGUCUGGCUGGUGAGUUUCACCAAAGUCCACCUGUCGGAGCAGGACGACGACGGGGCCACGCCGAUGCACUUCGCGGCCAGUCGGGGCCACGCCAAAGUCCUGAGUUGGCUGCUCUUACACGGCGGGGAGAUUGUGGUGGACCGGUGGGGGGGAACCCCUUUGCACGACGCGGCGGAGAACGGGGAGCUGGAGUGCUGUCAGAUCCUCGUGGUUAACGGCGUGGACCUCAGCCUGCGCGACCAGGAGGGCAACACUGCCGCGGACCUUGCCGACUACAACGGCCACUCGCAGUGCGCCAAGUACCUCCGGACGGUGGAAAACAUGAGUGUGGAACACCGGGUAUUGUCCCGAGACCCCUCGGCCGACACGGAACUCAAGCAGCCGGAUUCCGGCCUGUCCUCGCCCCACACCACCGUCUCGGCCCCCCGGACCCACUUCGAAACGGGGUCUCCGAGCAGCAUCUUCUCCAACUACGAUUCCUCGCACUCGAGUCAAUCCAGCACGGGGGAGAAGCAGAAUUACGCAGAGCCGCGGGUCCCCGAAACGGCGCUCACCGAUAUGCAGACCUACAUGGACAUGCUAAACCCAGAUCUGGCCCCGGGCCCCGCAAAGCCGGGGGGCCAAACCUCUCCGCCCCCCCCCCCCCCCUUCCCGGCCCCCCCCCCCCCCCCCCGCCCCAAGGGCCCCCCCCCACCCCCGGGGUACCCGGCGCCGAGCCCCCCCGAAAUGCCGCACACCGCCGAGAUUUACGUCCAAGCCAAAAACAACCUUCGUCACGUCAACAGCGAAUCCCUCAAACAGGAGGUAAGGGGUGGACUCACCUGCCAACAGCUGCAAAGGACAGAUCCCAGCAGGAGAUCCAAAAGAUUCAGCAAACAGCCGAGCACGGGGGAUUAUUACAAACGUCUGGAUAGCGGCGGCGGCGGCGGAGAACAGAACAAGAGAACGUCCAGGAUGGCCCACAGCGAGGAGGCUUCGCUUCUCUCCAGCGAGAAAGUGCACAACGGAAGCGCGGCGGAGAAGACGCCCACCGGAGAGGCCCCUCCCCCUCCUCCCCCCCUCCCCGAGGGGGCUGCUCCCCCCCCCCCCCCCCCCCCCCUGCCUGCGGAGCACACACCCCCCUCAACUGGCCAGCGAAGGUCUUCCUCCUCCACCGGAAGCACCAAAUCCUUCAACAUGAUGUCCCCAGCGGCCGACAAUUCAGAGCUCCUUGCUGAAAUCAAAGCCGGGAAGAGUUUGAAGCCAACCCCUCAAAGUAAGGGAUUCACCACCAUCUUCUCCAGCUGUGGCCAAGCCGGCACCAAUGUUGAGUUCCCUACAGGUUCCUCAUCCCCCGAGGGGACGCCAACGCCCCCCUCCACCCCCGAGGAAGCUUCCGGGUUCACAGCUUCCGGCUCGCCCAAGCUGGAGGUCAACGGUUCCAUGACGCCUUUCGGAAGCCCAACCGGCCACCGGGACCUGGAGGCCCUGAUCCCCACGCACGAUGAGCAGGGGAAGCCCAUCCCGGAGUGGAAGCGACAGGUGAUGCUGCGCAAGCUACAGAUAAAAGUGCAGGAAGAGGAAGAGAAGAGGCACAAGCUACGACCUGGGCAUUGCUACCCCCAGGAAGGCUGGCGGUAUUCCCAUGCUCACAACGCCAUUUUGGGACCUUUCGGGGAACUGAUGACCGAAGACGACCUCCUCCGUAUCGAGAAGCAGAUCCAGAACCUUCAGGUCGUGCACAAGGUGCAGAAAGUCGAGACCGAACUAGAACAACUCGAGCAGCAACUCCAGCAGCUGCUGCCCGUCUCGGCCGCCUUAGCGAAGGAACACUUCACCGUCAACCCCAAGUGCAUGCAUGGACGGGCGGAGGACCUCCCGGGCUGGUGCAACAAGAUCUCUAUUCUCUUGAAAAGCAUGUCCAUCCUGCUGGCCACGCUGGGCGGCAAAGCCACCAGCCUGGCGGAAAUGGUGACCUCCGAAGCGUUGGCGCAGAAGAGCGAAGGCGCCCAGGUGCUCGUCUCCGCUGCGCUCAAAGACGGCCCGAGCCACAUAGCCCGUUCUCAGUCCUUCAGCUGCACCCGGGAGGAGCUGGAGAAGGAGAUCCUGCAGUGGGGGGUGUCCGUAAAGAACCUGAAGGCCAACUACGAAGUCCACGUGCAAGCGCAGCAGAUCAGCGAAGCCACCAACCGGGUGUACAGAAGGAAGCGUUCCCUGCCUGUGGGAACGGCCCCGUUCACUCUCGGACGCGAGCCCAUUUUGGAAGAAGACUACAUCAUGGGCCUGGAGACGUUCCCUGUCCUGGAAGAUGAGGAGGCCUCCACCGUUGGUCUGGAACCCCCCAUCCAGCGGUCCCACGCGCCUCUUCUGUACGAGGUGGGACCCAGCCCGUUCUCCAAAGGAGACUCCUUCGCAGAAACCAUGUUCAGCCCCGACCACAUGACCAGGAGCCUCCCGGUGCAGACGGACCUGAGCUGCAUCCAAGACUACAUUGACCUGCGCAAGGAACGGAUUGUCUACCUUUUCCUGGAACACUGGAAGAGAUGGACCUUCACCGAUUCGGGCAGGCCAGUCCAGCCAAGGAGGAUGGCGGAGAUGGCGGGUCUCGAUUUGGAAGAAGACGGCCAAGCGUACAACCAGUCUGCGCUGACAGCCACAGAGCCGAAACCCAGCGAGGACCACCAACUCUUGUACUUCAUGAAGCAACGUCAGGUGGUGAGCAAGCUGCUCACUCACUGGAGAAGCAUCAUCAGCCAGGUUCCCACCAGACAAAUCCGCCGCCUGAGCCACGUUGACAUUUUCUACUGGCCCCAACAUUUUUUGCCGCAUGUCGAUGGCUCGCCUGUGGAGUACGAUAGCCUGACUUUGGACCUCUUCUUGCUCGGUUACUUCCAGCUGCUGGAGAUGGACAUGAGCCGGGAGGAACGCAAGUUUCGCCACCUGCUCUGCUACGAGAUGUUUGACCACCUGGGCAGCCACAGCUGGGACCUCAUCCGCCACUUUCACAAAGUGGUGAUGGAGGAAGUGGAGGCCGGGCAGCGGGAUUGGCUGGAUGGAUUUGAGGACCUCAAACAGAGGUUCUUCGGGACCACCUGGCGAAGGACCACGGGACCACACCCAGUGUGGAUGUCCCAGCCGAAACCCUACGUUCUCCCCCUACUCUCCCCCACCAGGAAUCUUCUCAGUCCUUGCUCAGUAGCACACAGGAGCCCGUGUCCCAGGAAGAAUUCCAUCCAGCUUGUUUCAGAGCUUGGAGAAUUCAGCAGCGAUGACAUUUGCCGCUACAUAGAUCGUAGCUUCUCAUUUUGGAAAGAGAAGGAGGCGGAGAUGUUUGCCAUCUGAGGGU